GUUAAAAAUGUGUCCUCCCUUCUGCUGAAUCCAGUCAUUGUGCAGUUGUUAUGAAGGGGAAAUUAUCUACAAAGGCCAAAACAUUUGAAUUUUAACACAGGAGUCUAUGAGGACUGACUCAGUGCUCCCUCUGCUGAAUGCUGGAGGAACUGCAGGCUCAAGAUCGGUUUGUUAGUUUACUCUCUGAUGUGUUCAGGCUGUUUAUCUCUCAGCCAAUCAGCUUUCACUAAAUAAUUACGAUGUUGUGCUCCCAUUCACAGCUGCAUGUCACCAAUCAUAAAGUCAUUCAUGACAUCAUCUCUGAUGUCACUGUAGUCACGUGAGCUGAGCUGAUGCUCCUCAGGGCCAACACCUGAUACAUUCAUUAAAUCCUGACAAAAACAAACAUUAAGGCCAAAUAAAUGAGUAAUCACUCAUCAAUAACCACAAAUGAAAGGCUUUAGAAGCUUUUAUUUUGAAGUCUCAUCUCAGCGGAAGUGAUCCCUCUUAUUGUGAAAGCAGCUUUGACGCUGGGUACGGCGGCUCGCAGGGUCCAGUCCGCGCGCUCCCGCUGACGAUGGGCGACGUCCUGUGCGAAGAGCUCGAGGAUUUGGUCCACUUCUCAGUGCACGACCUGCCGGCACGAGGUUAUGUCGUCAUGGAGGAGAUCCGACGUCAGGGGAAACUCUGUGACGUCACGCUCAAGGUCGGGGAUCACAAGUUCAGCGCUCACCGGAUCGUGUUGGCGGCCUCCAUCCCGUACUUCCACGCCAUGUUCACCAACGACAUGGUGGAGUGUAAACAGGAUGAGAUCCUGAUGCAGGGCAUGGACCCCAGCGCUCUGGAGGCUCUGAUAAACUUCGCGUACAGCGGGCAUGUCGCCAUCGACCAGCAGAACGUGCAGUCUCUCCUGAUUGGCUCGAGCUUCCUGCAGCUUCAGAAUGUCAAAGACGCCUGCUGCUCUUUCCUGCAGGAGAGGUUACACCCGAAGAACUGCCUCGGCGUGCGUCAGUUCGCCGAGACAAUGAUGUGCACGACGCUGUACGACUCGGCGAACAGCUUCCUGCACCAGCACUUUGUGGAGGUGUCACUGUCCGAGGAGUUCCUGGGCCUCAGGACGGAGGAGUUGCUGGAGCUCGUCGGCUGCGACGAACUCAACGUGAAGGCCGAAGAGCAGGUGUUUGAGGCGGUGCUGGCGUGGGUCCAUCACGACCAGGACCGCAGGGAGACGCUGCUGCCCGAGCUGCUGUCAAAGGUGCGACUUCCUCUGUGUCGACCCGAGUUCCUGUCGGACCGCGUCCAGCAGGAUGAGCUCAUACGCUGCUGCCACAAGUGCAGGGAUUUAGUGGAUGAAGCCAAGGAUUUCCACCUGAUGCCGGAGCGCCGCCCUCACCUGCCCACCUUUAAAACCAGGCAGAGGUGCUGCACGUCCAUCACAGGGCUCAUCUAUGCGGUGGGAGGCCUCAACAGCUCAGGCGACUCCUUAAAUGUCGUCGAGGUGUUCGAUCCAAUUGGAAACUUCUGGGAGCGCUGCCAGCCAAUGAGGACAGCUCGCAGCAGGGUGGGUGUGGCCGUUGUUAAUGGGCUGCUGUAUGCCAUUGGGGGAUACGACGGCCAAUCGCGGCUCAGCACGGUGGAAGUUUACAACCCCGAGACAGACAACUGGACGCGCGUGUCGAGCAUGAACAGCCAGCGCAGCGCCAUGGGAACGGUUGUGAUUGAUGGGCGGAUCUUUGUGUGCGGCGGCUACGAUGGAAAGUCGUCUCUGAACUCGGUGGAGUGCUACUCCCCGGAAGCAGACAGGUGGACUGUGGUGACAGAGAUGAGUGCGAGCCGCAGCGCCGCGGGCGUGACGGUUUUUGAUGGCCGGAUCGUUGUCUCGGGCGGCCAUGACGGUCUGCAGAUCUUCAACACAGUGGAGUACUACAACCACCACACUAACCGCUGGCACCCGGCGGCACCAAUGCUGAAUAAGCGAUGCCGUCAUGGGGCGGCGGCGCUCGGCAGCCACAUGUACGGCGGGGGGUAUGAUGGCUCAGGCUUCCUGAGCGGCGCCGAGGUGUUCAGCUCAGCAUCUGGACAGUGGAGCCUCCUGGUGGCCAUGAACACGCGGCGCAGCAGGGUGUCCCUGGUGUCCACGUCGGGGCGUCUGUACGCCGUAGGCGGGUACGACGGACAAUCCAAUCUCAGCUCCGUGGAGAUGUACAACCCCGACACGAACCGCUGGUCCUUCAUGGCACCCAUGGUGUGCCACGAGGGGGGUGUAGGCGUGGGCUGCAUCCCCUUGCAGCCCGCCUAAACCACCUAUCACAGCCCGAGGACUCGUGAUUUACUGACGGCGGCAGGCGGGAGCACACCCCGCGGCGGCGUCCCUGCAGCUUUAUCGGUACGAUGGCUGUGCUCAGGCUUGCAAAAUGACGCCGCACCUGCGGAAUCAUGGGAAAAACUGUAGAGCUAGCAGCAGAGGCUAGCUGCUAACAUUAUUCUGUUAGCGUGUGUGGAACGAUUGAUUACUGAUUAUUGAUUACUGAUUUCUUACUGGAUGGACACAAGCAACAGGAAGUGACUUCCUCCCAAACAAACCAAGCUGCUGAUUCGGACAGGAAGUCCUUCCUUAACGGUUUCUCGAACUGUCAUCGAUCAGCUGUAAUUGAUGGGAGCGAUCAAUACAAAACGCCAGCAACACAGGAACCCCGCCCUCUGCAGGCUGCACAGGAAGCUCGUUUGAGGAACGUGUUGCGCCCCCAGAGAUAUUAAUAAACUCAUUCUCACGUGACAAAACAUGGUUCUCCAGCUUUCCACAGGAAGUGAUGUUAUGUAGCGUGCAGUCUUUAACGUUGCUUUCGCUGCGAUGCACAGGCGGGCUGCAGAUACCUGCUGCUGCUCGGCUGAUGCAUCCGAAACGCUCGUCAAAAGGUCACCCAUACUGCAGUAACCAAUGAGGGUCCGUGUGGUGGUUGCGCCGCCCCUCCAGGGCGAUUGGCUGGAUGGGGUGUGGCAUCAUUUGCGCCAGCCGUGGUGGACACGCCCCCUUACUUAUUGACAUCUGCAUUUGCGUCAGCGGAUAAGCGAUGGAGCACGCUCAGUAGACAGAUGUAUGUUGAACAGCUGGAGGCGGAGUUUAGCGCACUCUGGGGGCAUCGCACUCUGAUUGGUCGCAGCCUGCAGAGAGCGGUCCAGUCGAUCGUGUCAUUGAUCUCCGUGCUUAGAAUCCGUCAGUCACUGUUUACUUCCUGCUGAUCUCUGAUUGGACGCUCAGCCUCAUCAUCAGUGGGUUUUAUUUGUAUUGAUUAACUUAUGAUUGAUUUGUUUUGUUGUGGAUCAAUAAAGAGAAGUUUGGUUAAUAAAGUUUA